AUGACUGCUUUUCGGUUAGAACACUUUCCACAAGUGUGUCCCGUGUGUUUGCAGCACAAGCCGGACAAUUUGUUGAUUUCUUUGCAUACACUUGAUCCUACCGAUGGUGGGAAGCUGUGGGAUGUUGUAGAGGAGUUUAUGUAUCCAGUUUUACCGGAACUGGAACAUUGUACUCCCAGUGGUAUUUGUAAACCGUGCUCCAUAGAGCUGAACGCAUUCGUUGCCUACCGUAAUCGUUUGAAACUGUUGGGGAAAUUUGUAUUAAGUCUGGCACAAUUGCGAAAUGGCAAGAAGAAUCAUCUGGUGCAAUUGUUUAACGAUCAUCAGACGGAACUGUUGAUGGUAUUGCGCGAGCUGAAAAUAACUGAGAGAGAACAGCUGGUUGUUCAAGAGUUGUUGGCUGAAUUUAAUCCGUGUUCGGACGGUAAUAAGGUGGAACAAGCUGCAAAACCUGAUCAGGAUCAAGAAAUCGUCCUCGACCAUUUUGAUGUAAACCCGGAAGGUGAAUUUAUUACCGUGGAGGAUAAACCUGAGUUCGAAAAGAUUGUCGACAUUUCCAGCGAUCGACUGAGGAAGCUAAAGAAUGAAAGUAUCGGCCACGUGUGCAAACGCUGCAAUCAAUCGUUCGAAACCAGACGCGAUCUAGCGCAACACAAACGGUCCACGCAUCGGGAUCACAUGUGCGACACGUGUGGGUUAGCGUUCGACAGUAAGUUUGUGCUAGAAAAUCAUCGCAAACGGCACGAAACGGUACGGCAGUAUAAGUGUGAAUACUGUCCACUGGAAUACUACACGAAAGCGGAAAAGCUUCUGCACGUGCGACGGUUACACCUGAACGCGUUCGAGGUAAGCUGUCCAGAGUGUGCGCUCGUGUUUCGGACGAAACAAACAUUAGCACAGCACAUGAAGACACACACGAAUCAACGGACGCAUACGUGCAAUACGUGUGGCUUUAGCUUUAAAUCUCACACCCAUCUUAAUCGACACACGAAGGAACUGCAUCAGGGUGUGCAGUAUCGGUGCGAACAUUGCGAUAUGUCGUACCGUCGCAAGGACAAGCUGAGGAUGCAUGUGGAAAAGAUGCAUAAUAUUCAAACGUACUUUGUCUGUGAUGUCUGUCUGCAAUCGUACGACACAGACGAAAAGCUCCAAGAACACAAAGCACACCAUGAAGCACCGAACGACCUGCAGUGUGGCGUGUGUCUAGGGGCGUACAUGACCCAAAACGAGUAUCAUAACCAUCUGUGCAUUACGUAUCGGGAAAAUUACAUUUGCUGCAAUCGCGACUUUAAGUAUCAUUAUUUCUACAACAAACACACCUUCCUGGUCCAUGGUGUGCAGACGAAUGUGCGCGUCAAACCCGUGGACGGUCUACUGUUGGGCCAGUAUCGUGCAAAACGGAAACAAGCCGAGCGAUGUCCAAAAUGUGAGCAAGAGUUUAGUACAAGACAACAGAAGAAACAGCACAUGGAAUCCUGUGAUGGUCUAGUGCAAUACGAUAUCAGCACGGCCCAGGAUGCGGAUGUGCUGCUGACAAUGAAUGUAGUAACUGAGGUGGAAUAA